AUGGAGACUCGGGCUGCUGCAAAGAGAAAGGAAGCCGUCGUGGUGGUUGAAAAACAGCACCCAAAGAAGCAUCGGGUUGUAUUGGGGGAGCUUUCCAAUCUACCAAACCUUAUUGCCCCUGAAACUCAAAAUCUGCGUAGAGAGAAACUGCAAUGUAGGAAGAAUCACAAUAUUAAGAAACUAUCUUCCUUGAACAGCACUCUUUCUUCUUCCCAGAUUGAUCAACCUUAUGUCUCGGAUAUCGAUGCGUAUCUUCGUGCAAUGGAGAUGCAGAGAAGACCAAUGGUUAACUACAUGAACAAAGUUCAGUCCGUAGUUACUACAAACAUGAGAGAAAUAUUGGUGGAUUGGUUAGUGGACGUUGCUGUGGAGUAUAAGCUUCUACCCGAAACGCUACAUCUUUCCAUAUCGUAUAUUGAUAGGUUUUUAUCAGUUAGCCCUGUUGCCAAAUCGAGACUUCAGUUACUCGGUGUUUCAUCCAUGUUCAUUGCUUCGAAGUAUGAGGAAGUUAAUCCACCCCGUGUGGAAAAAUUCUGCAGCAUCACUGAUAACACUUAUCAAAAGGAAGAGGUUGUAAAGAUGGAAGCUGAAAUACUUGGGUCCCUCAACUUUGAACUGAGCAAUCCAACUGCGAUCACUUUUCUAAAGAGGUUUUUGGGUGUUGCAUCUCAGAACCAGAAAAAACAAAAUUUGAAGAUUGAGUUUCUGAGCUUCUACCUUGCGGAGCUAAGCUUGUUGGAUUAUGAUUGUAUAAGAUACUUGCCUUCUAUUUUGGCUGCAUCGGCUAUCUUUCUUGCCAGAUUUAUUAUCUCCCCUGAAGUGCAUCCUUGGACUUCUUCUCUGAGUGAAUGGUCUGGCUACAAACCAGUUGAGUUGAAAGCUUGUGUUCUCACUUUGCAUGACUUGUAUUUUUCAAGAAAGGCAGCGUCCUUGCAAUCUGUUAGAGAUAAAUACAAGCAGCACAAGUUCAAGUACGUGGCAAACCUGCCUUCUCCUCCACAUGUACCAAGGAUAUUAAAUUCUAUGCUUCAACUGAGUCUGAAGUUGAUUACCCAAUCGCUGAUGUGA